UCACAAACGAAUAUCAUUUUAAAGCGAUAACACGCUCAAGCUUUAUUUGAUAAUAUCUACACAUAUAAUACUAUUGUCAUUCUUUCCAUUCCAAGUGAUCAACCAUUAUAAUGAAUACCACCAACGUUCUCCUCCAGGUUGUAAUCUUCCUCCUCACCAACGUCGUAUUGUUCAUAUCCUCGGCGUCAAUUCCGACUCAAUGUAAAAUACCAAACGAUUUGAAAGUCCAAUACGAGGAACUUUCCAGCGCAGCGAUCGGCAAUAACUUUUUCCUCCCAGCUGAAAUGGCUCCAGCAGGAAGUGACCAACAGGAACGGACCGAAGGGGAUAAAACUUGCCCAACAUCUUCCGUAUCUACAGAUAUCAUUCGCGAGCGUUCAACCUGCCCAUGGUACCUGAAAAUUACGCACAAUUCCACAUAUUUUCCUCCAUCACGCAGAGAAGUCGUGUGUCGCUGUACAGAGUGUCUGGACUCUGACAGUAACCACCAAUGUGUGAUGGUUUAUACUACAAUGACUGUCCUGAAACGUACAGCUCAAUGUGUUGGUGGACUGUACGUUUAUAAACCAAGUGUCAUCCAAGUAGCCACAGCCUGUGUGUGUGCACGGAGAACCGAUGUAAUAUCCAAAGGAAAUGACAAUGAAUAUGAGUCGUAAUAUCGGCCAAAAUCAUCAAACAUUCAAAUGUGUGUAACACAAAGCUUUUUCAUAAUGUUAUGAAAGUUUAAGUAAACCACUGUGUGGUUGUUAUAUGAAACUAUAUACAAAACAUGCACACACACAAAAAUUAUACAAGCGUACAUAUUUAAAUGGGUGCUCUCGCGCUAUUCAUUUCUUCUCGCUAUCUCUUUCUCUCUCUCUCUCUCUCUCUCUCUCUCUCUCCCACUCUCCCUCUCUCUUUCUGUGUAUACAUACUCACAAACACACACACACACAG